AAUGUUCACUUCAGCCAACUCCUCACAGCACCCAACACCUCGCAUGCUGCUCCUCUUUCACGGGAUAAUGUUUACCCUCUGAACUUACUCACGCACUCUUUGGUAGCUCGUAUUAUUUACCGCCCAGAAUGUCUGAAAGCUCUGGCCGGGAGUUUCCUCCGCAGCCUCCGGCUACCAAAACCAUCGUUGUGUACAGGAACGGGGACGCUUUCUAUCCUGGCAAAAGGUUUGUCAUCAACCAGCGCCACACUGCGACUUUUGAGAGUUUCCUGAACUCGGUUACACGGGCUAUUGAGGCUCCCUUUGGAGCUGUAAGAAACAUUUACACUCCUGAAGAAGGCCACAGAGUCCUGGCACUGGAGCACUUCUUACACGGGGAGAGAUACGUUGCAGCUGGAACUGAACGGCUGAAAAAACUGGACUACUGUCGUAUAACAGCAAAGAGACCACAGAGAAAGGAAAAGAAACAGAUUCGACCUGUGGUUCACAGCAAAAUAAUUGUCCCAGCACGCUGGAGGAAAAACAUUAAUGAGCCAUGCACCAUCAAUGUUUUUACCAAUGGAGAUGUCUUCGUUCCUCCAGCUCGGAUACUGCUACCAAAAUAUACACUCACCAGCUGGGACAGGGUACUGGCCAUGGUGACAGAGAAAGUGAAUCCUCGCACAGGAGCUGUGCACAGGUUGUGCAUGUUAGAUGGUACUCCAUUACUUGGUGCAGCUGAACUUGAGAACAACCACUAUUACGUAGCUGUAGGAGCAGAGAAGUUCCGACCGUUGUCUUAUUUUCAGUGGGUUCCAAACAAAGGAGUAAUCCUAGAUCUCAGCGAUACUGUCAUGAAUGAAAUUCUUCCACCGCUAAAGAGUGGCAAGCCUCCCAGACUCAAGUUUGCUGAUCGCCUGGAAGGCAGUGCAGACUCCCACUUCUAUGCCAAACCUCACAGAGCCAAACAGCAGAGGCGUGGCUUGAAAAUCCCACACCUUUUCACAGCACAGGAGGACAGCGUAUUCCAAGCCAAAAACAAAAGGAAGGAAAUUGUGGGCGUGUCUGAGGUGCUAGAGGACGGCAACACAAAGGUGGAUCUGCCCAUAGAUCAGAUUGAAGACAAAGUGGUUGAUGAAGAACUCUAUGUCUACAAAUACCCCCCACCAAAGAAUGGAAGUCAAAGCCCUCACAAAUCCUUGCUCAGAGGUUCUGAUGCAGACACUACUCCAAGACUACCAUCAAACAUUUCUUAUAAGACUUCAGUAAAUGGCUCUGCUUCAGGAGAGUCAGGGAGAGGUUCUCACCUCGCCAUGCCUAGAGGGCAGUCUGGGUUGGAACUGGAGCACAAGGACACUAAAGGGGAGGAGAUGUCCUCCAAGCUGCAUAGACUGCGGUCACGGAUGUCAAAGUUUUUCAAGGGUAGGUUCACGAAAGCUGCGUAACCUCACAGCCUCUGUUCCUGGCACGCAGCAGAACAGGAUCCAGCUAUAAAGGGACCACUAAUACACUCCGCACUACCAAUUUCCUUCACAUGUCACCAGAACCUCAUCCACUGGGUAAAAUCUUGGAGAGCUUCCAUUCAUUAUAGAUAUCAUCUGGGUUCCUCCUCAAUCUCAGUUGUCUUUGGUCUGUAUUAAAUGCACCUGUGUAUGUGCGGAGGGCACAUUCAUCUCACGGCUUUCUCGAAGAUGUUGAUAUAACAACCACAAAAGUGCAGUUAUCACUUAAGUGGUCUAUACAUGUAAGACCAAAACACAAAACCUAUUUCUCUUCUUUAUUCUGUCUUUCCUUUUUCAUACUUAACAAACAACGGAUUUCCUAAUUAAAGUUCAUUUCCUAGCUCGGCUCUCAUUACAGGUAGACCAGUUCCCCUCCAUGAUGGUGCAAGCCAUUGCAAUGCUAUGUGCCUUGCAUCUUGUAUUAGCAAUUUAUUCCUAACAGAUUACAAAGCACAGAGGUAGCAAAGGAGGUUGUUAGCUCUGCUUGUGGCUAUUGUCUGUGCUGAAUUCCUCAGGGUAGCAUAAGUGAGGCAGUGCUGGCCCCCUGGGUGGACAUUACCACUCUAAUCUAAGGCCCAUGAUGUAUGCCAAAACAAUCCCAGCACCCACCUUGCUCCGUCCUGUCUGUUAGACUCAGAGCGUGCUGCUACGUCUAUCUUGAGUUUUGUAUUCCAGCGCUGCUAUUAGCCAUAUUUUCCUCAACCUCCUCCAUAUCUCAGCUUGAUUGGUUGGACUUUGGGGCUGUCA